AUGGCCGAUCUACUCCUAUCUCGGCCUGGCCGCAUCGAAGAUCUUCCUCGUCGGCCCCAGAAACAGGGACCUCUUUCCGAGACGGAGGACGAGGAGGCGGUGGAUGCAGCAGAUGGCGGCGCUUCUGGCUCGGGCGAGCCUCCGGAUCCCUUAAAGCAGGCCGUGGUGGAGCUGACAAAGAUCGCCAAGACCCUCGUUCCAAAGAAGGCGGAGGCGAAGACGGACUUGGAGAACCUCCUUUCUGGGAGCUUGGCAGACCGAGGGGAUACAUCUUCCGGCGGCGGCUCCCGUCGGAACUCCGCGGCGCUGGCCGCCUUGAAGCGUCUCCUGAAGGAACAACCGGCGGCCAUCUACGAGAACAUCGAGCGGAACCUGCGAGAAGACUUUGGAUUGCGCGCCCAAGUGGCCGGGGAGCCCUCUGGGCACGGGACGGCGAGGGCCUGGCUCCAAACGCGCUCGAGGGUCCAAAACUACACCAAUCAUGUACGAUGGCUUUGGCAGCUGAGUGCUGUUUGGGACUGCCUGAUGCAGGGGCAGAACGAAGAGGCGAGAGCCAGAGUGGCUCUGCUCAUGGCAGCCGGAGAGCAGUCGUCCAUCGACAGCGGAAAUUGGCUGAUAUCGACAGUGGCUCUUCUAGAGCCCCCACCACCGUACCAGCAGUUCAGUCAUCAUACGACCCCAGCCGCCCACGAGUGCCAGCACUCCGCUCUCUACGAUCCUCGUUGGUUCGAGCUUUUCCUUUGGCAGCUGAAAGAGCACGAGUCCUACUUGGAAGCCCGGCGAAAGCUGACUCAGAGAAAGCCCGGCCCUACCGUCGACCCCGGAUCAGACGCAGCGGCUCAGAGGGGCCCGAAAGCCAAACAAAAGCCAAAAGGUCCGCACAGCGAAGAAUAA